AUGGCGUGUACAAAAUUAUUCCUUGGAAAUUUGCCAGAAGUAACCAAUCAAAUUAUACAAUAUUUACGGAAUGAUUUAAAAUCACUUUAUUCUUGUAUCUUAGUCAAUCGACAUUUAUGUCAGAUCACAAUCCCUAUACUUUGGGAAGAUCCUUUUGUCAUUUGCAGAGGUCAUCAUUAUAAUUUCCUUGAUAUUUAUUUCUCGUUUUUAGAUGAUGUUGAUAAGGUAGAGUUGGAAGAGAAAUAUGGAAUUAAGAUCAAUUCGUCUUCACAUAAUAAACCUUUAUUUAAUUACCCAAGUCUUAUAAAAACAUUUAAUAUAUUUCGAUUCGAGAUGCAUGUAGUCAAUUGGAUCAAUCAUCUCGAUUCUUUACCUUCCACCGCUGACUCCGAACCAAUUCGAGGUAAUCCAAGCAGGAAAAUAUUCUUUCCAAAAACGAUUGAAGAUAUAGGAUUUGACAUAAAAAAGGAUUUGCCCAAUUCAAUAGAAACAAUAAAUUCUAUUUGUGUUUUAUUAUUCAAAUUAUUUAUAAAUAGUGAAGCAUCUUUAAAUAAUUUAAGGUUAUUAAGCUCUAACGGGAUAAAUUUUCUACCUGAAAUGCAGAAAUUAAUUUUAAACAAUCCAAAAAUUACAUCGGAUUUGAGAGUUAUCACAUUGGAUGUUUCAAAUGUUUCAAGUGAAUCUUUCUUAACAUCUUUACCAUCAAUAUCUUCUUCGAUUAGACAAAUGAACGUAUUUUUUAAUGGUAUGUCAAUAAACAUAUCAAACGUAAUACGAUCACAGAAUCGAUUAUCCUCCCUUUCAUUUGAAAAUCUUAAGUAUAACGUUAAUUUAAUGAAUGCUUUCAAGUCCUACCCUCAAACUUUAACUUCAAUCGAGUUUAAUAUUUGUAACUUUACAAACAUUUCAUCACUUGUCGGAAUUCUAUACCUCUCACAACUUAAAUCUCUUCACUUCUUUCACUGUAGAGGGUUUACCGUUCGUGACUUUCAAUCAUUACUUGUUCAUCCUAAUCCGUUAAAGAUCAAAACUUUAAGAGUACACGGUCGAACUUCAGGAAUUAAUUUGUUACUUCAAAAAGUUGGUCUUAACCUUCAACAUUUAGAUUUAAUGCUUUUUGAACAUGAUGAAAGGGAAAAGGCUUUUGAUAGUAUUAUUAAUUAUUGUUUUGAAAUCAAAUUACUUUACUUAUCUUGGAUUCAUGAAGAUGAUACACAACAAUUAUUUAAAUUAAUCACUCGUGUCAACAUUAAAUAUCUCUCUCUUGAAUAUUCCAUGUAUUUUGAAAAUUUAACCCUUUUAAAACAAUUGGGUCAACUUUUACCGAAUUCCUUAAGAUAUUUAGAUUUAUGCCUUUUUAUUGAUCCAAAUGAUCUGAAAAUCUUUUUGAACAAUUGUAAACACAUUAAAUUAUCCUACUUGUUAGUUAAAAAUUUUAAUGUCAAUAAUGUUGAUCUUACCUUUAGCCGUUUAAAAGAAUUUGUGAAGAAUCAAAGGGUGAAGAAUUUUGCCUAUCAAAUUUGUUCCUUUGAUCCUAAUAAUGACGAACAUAAUAACUUUGAGAAGUUGUUUGAUGAAAUUCAACCUUUUGUAACGAUGAACAAGUAUAGUGAUUUAAUUAUAAAAAUUUCUGAUCUUUAA